AUGAAUGAAAACGAUAUUGACUUCAUUCCUGAGCUUGUAACCGAAGAAAAUGAACCUAUCAGGUAUUCGAAGGACAACAGAAGAGCCACAAACUAUAGAGAGCAUUCUGGAUUAACUGAAAAAGAUACGACAAACAAAAUACCAAUCACGAUCGUCACUGGAUAUCUCGGUUCCGGAAAAUCAACACUAUUGGAACAAAUCGCGAAAAAGGGUGAUAGGAGGGUAGCAGUAAUCUUAAAUGAGUUUGGAGACUCAGCGGCUAUCGAAAAAUCAUUGACAAUAAAAGGAGGCAACUCUCAAGAAUAUGAAGAGUGGUUGGACCUGGGAAACGGGUGUCUUUGCUGUUCCGUUAAAGACAACGGAGUCGCAGCUAUAGAGAGACUGAUAGCAAAACGGAAGGGUUUUGAUUAUAUUCUUCUUGAGACAACAGGCCUGGCCGACCCUGCCCCUAUAGCCACAAUGUUUUGGCUUGACGAUGCCUUAUCAUCAAACGUUUACAUCGAUGGUGUCGUCACCGUGAUCGACUCUCAAAAUAUCGAAAAGUGGCUUUCGGAUACAGGAGGCCACACUCAUGGGCCAACAGAAACAGAUGGCGGUAUAACAAUCGCUCACCUGCAGAUUGCAAUGGCCGAUGUAAUUCUUCUAAACAAAGUUGAUAAAAUGGACCAGAAAGAUCUUGACCGAUUGGAAGAAAGGGCGAAGUCUAUCAACGCUGUGGCGCCAGUGUAUCGCUCAAAAUAUGGUGACGUUGAUCUUAUAAAGAUAUUGGACCUGCACGCGUACGACACCAAAGACGUCUCACCAUUUUUGAGAAAUAAAGCUCUGUAUCAUGAUUCCACAAUCCACACGAUUGCUCUGGAGUUCCCGAAGGUUGACAAAGAUGGGUUCGAAAGAUUUGAACGAUUUCUGCAAGAUAUACUUUGGGUGGAGAAUGAUGUUGAGACAUGGAAUAUGGAGAUUUAUAGAGCAAAAGGUUUACUCUACUGUGGAAGGAGUUUUAGGGUACUCCAAGCAGUGCGAAAAACGUACGAUUUCAUAGAUGGUGAUGAGGAUGGACCAAAUCAGCCAACACUUCAUAAUAGCAAGCUUGUGCUAAUAGGAAAAGGACUAUCGUUUGAAAAGUUGAAAUCUCAUUUUGAGAAGUCCGUAGGGCUCUCCUUGAUUGAAAGCUAA